UUGUAGGCGAUGAUGGCGGAAGGAGAGCACCACUGAGUUUCAUCUGAGUUUUUACCACAGCUGUAGAACCAUCUACAACAUCGUUUCUCUCCGUCGAGACCUAUCCCGAGGCGAUGGGGAACGAAGCCAGUAUGGAAGGGGAGGGACAGGCGGGACAGCCCGGCCCCGCCGUACCUGCAGCAGGGGCUCCGGCUUCCAUUUCAGCACCACCGGACUCUGGACAGCUCAUCAAGCCCAGCAAUGGAGCGCCAGCCGGAGGAAGUGGGGCUGGACCCGGGCCGGGGAUUAACAGACCACCUCUGUCAGACGCAGGACCUAAAACAGGAGUCCAGAGUGGUCAUGGGACAGGGGACAGGUUGGCCUCCCACGACACCCCUCAACAUGCCACAACUCAAGGAGAGCAGGGCCAGGGUCACGUGGCUAGGAAGAGUCUGCAGGUGGAUGUGGGUAGCAGCAGGACUGGGAGGUCCCCUUCUGUGUCCCCGGACCGAGGCAGUGUCCCCACCUCCCCUUAUUCUGUGCCACAAAUUGCACCCAUGCCCAGCAGCAAACUGUGCCCCGUCUGCAAAACCACCGACCUGAUGGGCACUGGGGAUGACAAGCCGAACUUCAACACCUGCACUCAGUGCCGCUGCAUGGUGUGCAACCAGUGUGGCUUCAACCCCAACCCUCACCUCACUGAGGUCCAAGAGUGGUUAUGUCUGAACUGUCAGAUGCAGAGAGCAUUGGGGAUGGACAUGACCACACCACGCUCCAAGAGUCAGCAACAGAUACAUUCUCCUUCUCAUGCAGCCAAACCAGAACUUAAAGCUGAUCCUUCCACUCAGCCUGCACCCCAGACGCAGACCCCUCCUCAGACGCAGCCUCCGGCGCACGCCCAUCCAGUGCCAGGCCCAGCCAAACAGACUGGUCCAGCUGGCCCAGGUCAGCAACAAGCAAAGCUCCCUCCAGGGGCAGUCCCUCUGCCCGGCAUGGCCAAGGCCCCAUCCCAGCCUGAUUUGUCCCGCAGCUCUCCUGCUCACCAACCUUACCAGACCCGCCAGGACCAGACUCGCAGUGCAGGGAGCUCCCCUUCACGACAGCCCCCACCUCCAGAGCAGACUUUUGGAAAAUUGUUUGGCUUUGGUGCUUCUCUUCUUAACCAAGCCAGUACUCUCAUAACUGAGACAACUCAACCCCAACAACAGCCCCCAAAACCGACCCCCAAACCAGGAGGACCUCCUGGUCCAGGGCCUGGGGCAGGUAAACCCUCAGGACCUGCACAACAAGGGCCUCGAGCCCCUGUUCAGCAGCAACAACAGCACGCUCCCCCAGAAUCCUCUAAACCCAAAGUUUGUUGUCCUCUCUGCAAGACAAAUCUUAACAUUGGCAACACAGCAGAACAACCCAACUACAACACCUGCACACAGUGCCACCAGCAAGUGUGCAACAUGUGUGGAUUCAAUCCCACUCCACACUUAGUCGAGAAGAAAGAAUGGCUGUGCUUGAACUGCCAGACGCAGAGAGCCCUGUCAGGAAGCUUGGGAGAUAUUCCAGACCCUGUUGCACAGCCCAUGGGAUCCCCCAGGCCACCUGCUACAGCCAAUCAACAAGCACCUCAGCAGAAAGGGCCCAGUCAGCUUUCAGGUCCUAGACCCACAGGUCCUCAACAGCAACAGAAGGCAACGGGUCCUCAAGUAAGUGGCCCUGAUUCUCCUGUGAAACAGGCUGGAAGUGCCCCUCAUACCAAGGGGCCCAGCCAAACUUCCCCUCAAACUAAGGGUUCUCCCCAACCUAAGGGUUCAACUCAGCCACCUUCCCAAACAAAGGGUCCAACUCAACCCUCAGCUCAGAGUAAGGGACCUCAAAUUAAAGGUCCUAAUCAAUCACAUGCUCAAAGUAAGGGCCCUGUGCAGUCUGCUAACCAGGUUAAGGGCCAGAGCCAGGCCAAAGGGCCAAUUCAGGCUAAGGGGUCUGUUCAGCCUUCUGCUCAGACUAAAGUCCCUUCUCAUCCUUCUGGUGUCAAGGCAUCAUCCACCCCUGGUAAAACCGCACCCAACCAUGCCAAGGCCAUUCCCACCCAGUCAAAAACAGCACCUACUCAGUCUAAACCCACAGGUAACAACCAGACCCGCAAACAGCCGCAGGGCCAGGAGAAGACUAAAGUCGCAUCUAAAUCUCUAAAAGAAGACAUCAAGGCCUCACCAAAGAAAGCCUUGUCAGAGACUAUCACUUCACCAAAAGACAUGAAGAUAACUGAAGAUGCACAGAAGCCAAGACACCAAGAAGAUUACAACAAAUCAAGUACACAGAGUUUAAGUGACACUGGAUACUCUUCAGAUGGGAUCUCCAGCUCACAUGGGGAGAUUACAGGCCAGAUCCGGGAAGAAGGAAUCAAGCUCAGUGAAAGAGGGGCUUCUAUCCCCUCAGAAAUCACCAAGCUGGAGAGUUCCAUGAAACCUCUACUAGAAGCAAAGACUGCUUCAGACCAGAAGCUCAGGCCGCAUUCACUGUCUGUAGGACAGGACCAGGACUACAGUCCUGAUGACGAUGCAGCAAGGGAUGAAUCAGAGGAUGACCUCAGUUGUAAGCUUCGCCAUGACUAUGUAGAAGACAGCAGUGAAAGUGGUCUCUCACCAUUGCCAAUAAGGCAGAAGAAGUCACAUAAAGAUUUAACAGAUGAGGAAUUUAUGAGGAAGCAAAUUAUGGAGAUGAGUGCUGAUGAAGAGGAGUUAGAAGAUCAUGGCAACCAGAAAACUAAAAGGGGACAUAAAACCACUGGGGAUUUGAGCAAAGAAAGACGGAGACUUUCUCACCAUUCUAAUAGUUUUGAGGAUGACAUCAAAACAUCGGAGGGUGCUUUUAAGUCAAAUGAAGAGGAAGAUGUUGUAAUUGCUGGAGGCCUACGCCGUUUUAAGACUAUUGAGCUGAAUAACACCAACAGCUACAACCGAGACAUGGAGCUCAGCACUGACCAUGACCUACGAGAGCCUGAGCUAGAGAUGGAGAGUCUAACUGGUUCCCCUGAGGAGCGGUCCAAAGGAGAAUAUUCAUCCACCCUGCCUGCCACCACUCCCAGCUAUACCUCAGGAACAUCCCCUACAUCUGUGUCAUCCAUGGAGGAUGACAGUGACAGCAGCCCUAGUCGUAGGGCAAGACUAGAAGAGGCAAAGCAGCAGAGGAAAGCCCGACAUCGGUCCCAUGGGCCACUGCUGCCCACUAUUGAGGACUCAUCUGAGGAGGAUGAGCUCAGAGAGGAGGAAGAACUACUUAGAGAACAGGAGCAGAUGAGAGAUCUAGAGCAACAGAGGAUUCGAAGUACUGCUCGAAAAACAAAGAGGGACAAAGAGGAGCUACGGGCACAGAGACGCAGGGAAAGAUCGAAAACCCCCCCGAGUAAUCUCUCCCCUAUUGAGGAUGCAUCACCAACAGAAGAGCUGAGGCAAGCUGCAGAGAUGGAGGAGCUUCACAGAUCAUCAUGCUCUGAAUACUCACCAUCUAUGGAUUCAGAGGCAGAAGGCUUUGAGAUGAUUGGUGGAAAACUUUACAAAUCAGGAAAUGAAUAUAAUCUUCCAACCUUCACAUCCCUUUAUUCCCCCACAGAAAAGACAUCAGCAAUGUCACCAUCUGACAGAACACUAAAAAGUGCAGAGGAGGUCUACGAGGAGAUGAUGAAGAAGGCGCAGCUCAUGCAGAGGCAAGGACAAACAGUUAAUCAGCAUAAAGAUGCCUCUCAGUCUGACAGCAAACAUCAUCUUGAAGCAGGAACUGCCCUGACGCCUGGCUCAAGCCCAACACAGGUUACUGCACCUAUGUCCUUCUCCACCACAGGGAGUGAUCCAAGAAUUCCAGGAAUUCAUGCAGCACAGCAUCUAUCAAAAGAAACACAAAAUAGGAUGAUGACACAGAGUGCCAAAAUUGAAGGAGUUGUUGGAGUUGCCACAACCAAAGCCCAAGUCAGUCAGACUGCCACAACUCGACAUUCAGGUAGUACAGUGCCUGCCAGCAACCGAACAGGCUCCCAGAGGCCAACACAGCCAUCACCUGACCCUGGAGCAUCCUCCCUAACCUCCAAAGUAUUCUCCCUUUUCAAAGGUCCCAGCCCUCCAGUCUCUCCCACUGCUUCUCCAGCGCAAAGUCCAACACAUACACCAUCUGCAAGGCAAACAAGUGGCAGUGGUAGGCAGCUGCCAUCUUUGCCUGGUGGUCCUACAUCAGCUGCUGCAUCCCAAGGAGCUCAGGCACCUCAAAGGACAAUUUCCCCACGACUUGCACGACAACAGUCCUCUCAAGAAUCACCAGUGAUGGUGAUAACACUAAGCUCUGAUACAACAAGUCCAGCCAGGCCGCUUACUGUAAAUUCUUCCACUUCCCCUUUGUCAUCACCAACACAGGCCAGUUGUAAAACCUUAUAUAGCUCCCAGCCCCCUUCAACAAGUUCCCCAACUUCACCAAAAAUGCUUCCAUCACAGCAGUCUCCUAAACAUUCUUCACAGUUGACUCAAAAUGUUGACAAAAUAAAUGUUGGUAUUAGCACCGUGACCACAACGGCACAUAGUCGUGGCUCUAUGGAAAAUGUAUGUAAAACCUCAAAUAUUUCAGGCUCUUCAGUGGUUGUGGGUCAGGGCCAAACACAUUCAAGCACUAACGUGGUGGAUCUGAGAGCCCCAAUGAGGCCAGCUCCAAUUAUAAUGACAGACCAAGGGAUGGACCUAACAUCCCUUGCCUCUGACACCAGAAGAUACUCUUUAGGAGCAGAGCAGCCAACUGGUCGACACACAGCAGUCCAACCUCUUAUUAUGAACCUAAAUGCACAAGAGCAACCUCACAUAUCUUUAUCAACACCAACCACAGUUAGCAUCACAGUUGCAGGUUCUAUGUUCAUGACCCAACCCAAACAACCAGUUGUGUAUGGUGAUCCUUUGCAAAACCGUGUGGAUUUGGGACAGGGUGUUGGAUCAGCUGUGUGUUUAACCCAGAGUAAGCCAAUAGUUACUGAUCCAUCUAUUCCUAAAAUUGAUGCCUGUCUGGAGAACCUGGGUAUACAACAGCAACAACUGCAGUUACAGCAACAGAAGCUCUUGCAGCAGCAACAGCUUCUUGAGCAGCAGCUCCAGCAACACCAACAGCAAUCCUCUUUUGCCCGUUACAAUUUAGCUAAUCAGGUCCAACCCCUUUUGAUGAAAAAAGACCUUGUAGUGAGCCAGACAACCAGUGUCCCUGCUGCAGUGACUGUUAGUGCUAUUCCUAGAGUAUCUCCACUGGUUCCACCGUCAGUGUCUGGAGCUCCUGUUUCUACUACUCCCCAUGAAAUCUAUGGUGGAAUUGCCUUAGAGCUAAAGAACAAGCCAACAGUAAUGAACUUGUCCACGGGUAAGCCACAUGUUAUGAUGGUGCAGCUUGAUGAGACUAGCACAUCACAGGGAGGCACAGUGACUCAACUUAUAAAGCAAGAGGAACCACCUCCUCCUCCACCUCCUCCUCAGGUAUUGGAUCUCACUGGACAGAUCAAACCAGAAAACCAGGUGGCUUGCUGUGAUGUUGUUUACAAACUGCCCUUUGCUGGUUCAUGUUCAGGAUCAUUCACUCAAAAACCAACAACAGUAUCUCCAGAUAAAAAUCCCACCACUGAAACCUCUCAAACAGCCCACCCUCCCCAUCCACCACACUACAGUGUCAGUCAAAAACAACAGCCUCAAGCUACACAAGGAGUGACAGAGGAGCAUAAACCAUGUCAACCACCAAUAGUCCCCUCAGGAAGAAUACAGCCCUCCAUGUCCGAUACUAAUCUGCCUUCUGUGACUGAUGCUGGUCACUAUCAGAGUAAUGUCCAUGGGGGUCUGGCAGUAGAUCUUAGCAGCAUGAAUCAGGGUUAUGAAGGUGGAUACCUUGGGAUGGGCGCACAAUAUGGAUCUUACACAGACUUGCGUCACCAAGGAGACAUUGCAGGCCCUUCAUUGCCUCUUCGUCGAUAUGGCUCCAUGUCAAAUAUCAAUUCUGACUACUCAUAUGGUUCACGUGACCUAUCAGGGUCACAGGACUCCAAUCUAGCUCAGUACAGUGCAACCACUGCCAGGGAGAUCAAUCGCAUGUGUGCAGCUCUUAACUCAGUGGACCAGUUUGGCAGCCGAUAUGGAAAUAACCCUGAGCUGAUAUCAUAUGGGGCUGGAAGGGGUGGACCUUUAGCUAGGCUAAAUCUCCAGCAAAGCUUAGCAUCAAUAAGAGCAAACCUACUGUAUGGCCCAGAUGGAAGACCAACCGCAAAUGGCCAAACCCUAACAAACCUAAUAAAUGCUAGACAGGCCAGUAUACGCGCCUUGUAUCCCGCUGCUAUGAGAGGAGGUGAUGGCAUGAUAUAUUCCACCAUAAACACUCCCAUAGCCUCUACUUUGCCAAUUACCACACAGCCUGCAUCUGUCCUGCGUCCCAUGCCAAGAGGAAUUUACAGACCAUACCCCACAGGUGUAACUGCGGUACCACUGGCUAGCCUAACCAGGUUGCCUCAAGUGACUCCCAGAAUGCCUCUGUCCACACAGGGUCCAUAUUCCUACCCUGCUCCAAACCAGUACCCUACUUCAGCCACGCCAUCAGGAGGCAUGCCUGAUGCAAACAGCUUACACCAGGAAACUCCUGUGUACCUUGGAAAGCCUUUAACAACAGUUGCUGCAACCAUUCCUCAAACCCAAACUGCAGCACACUUAGGAGCUCAAAAUGUACCAGCAACUGGUAUGCAAAGCACAGCAGAUCAACAGACAGACCACACUCAACUUACCUCACAGAGUGUUACAUCCCUCCCUCAAGCCCAAGGUCAGCCUCCAAAUGUCCAGCCAGCACAGGCUCAAAUGCAGCCACAGCAGUUACCUACUCAAACUGAACCUUUAUCUUUGACUCAAACCCAACCGCAAGGUCAAUCCAUGAGUCAACCUCAACCAUUAGUGCGACCACAGGGCCAGCCACAAGUGACACCUGUAGCUCCAAGCUCUAAACUUUCUCCUCCUAUGGAUGCUCAAAAAGGUAAGGAAGAUGAGAGACUGAGUCAGCAACAAGAGCACAUGCUGCAGCUAGAGCGAGAGCGUGUUGAACUGGAGAAAUUACGGCAGCUGCGUCUACAGGAGGAGCUUGAGAGAGAUCGUAUGGAGCUUCAGCGACACAGAGAGAAAGAACAACUCCUUGUUCAACGCGAAAUUCAAGAGCUGCAUACCAUCAAACAGCAAGUACUACAGCAACAGCAAGCAGAGCGGGAGACACAGCUCAUUAUGCAAAGAGAGCAGCUGGCCCAGCAGAGAAUGCAGCUUGAACAAAUUCAGUCUCUGCAGCAGCAACUCCAGCAGCAGUUGGAGGAGCAAAAAAGACAAAAGACAGCAGCAGUGGAGGCAGCUGCUGCUGCUGCAGCGGCAGAGGCAGCCGCCGCAUCAGCAGCUGCUGCUGCAGCAGCAACAUCUGCCCAGGGUGCAAUACAAGGGGUAGUCGUUGGAGGAGGACCCCCUCAAGGGUUCAUUAUUUGUGACCAGAGUGGUAGAGUUAUUCAACAAGAUGGACAGAGUGUUCAGUUUUGGCAGGAUGGGCAAGUGGUCCAAGCUGUGGUGGCUGCUCGACCUAUUCAGAGUUCGGCCUCUGAGAUGUCUUUGAGAAGCAGUGACAAACAGGCUGAUUCCAAGAUUAUGAAAAAGCAGAAUUCAAUGCCUCGGCUGAGGGAUGGCUCAGAGGAGGACUCUGUGAAGAGGAUUACAGACAGCUGUGUGCAAACAGACGAUGAAGAUGGAGAGGACAGAUUCAUGAGCAGGCGUAGGAGAACAAGGCGUAUUGCAGACUGCAGUGUGCAGACUGAUGAGGAGGACCAGGGAGAAUGGGACCAGCAGCCAGUGAGGCGCAGGCGAUCACGUGUAUCCAAGCACUCUGAAUCCAGUGCUGAGACUAAAUCAGAAGGGUCAUCUAAAGUGGCCUCUGCGAGUAUAGCUGUUCAGACCACAAAUGAUUCGUCAUGCCAAACAGAGUCUGACCAACUAGGCAGGAUUUCCCCUGCAAUCCACAUUACCAUGGCGGAGACCUCAAAGGUUGACUUAUUACAUUACAUAGCAGCCCCUGAAAGGACCCACAAAGGAGAGAGUCUGGCCUGCCAGACAGAGCCAGAGGCUCAGUCUCAGGGUGUGGUCGCCCCUCAGCUCAGCGUCCCUACAACUAUCAGUCCGUACUCCACAAGUCUGCAUAUAGUAGGCGCCAACACAUCUGACCCAACCUCUCCUAGACUCCAAGGAGUUGCUAAAUUUGAGAGAAGGAAACCAGAUCCCCUGGAAAUUGGCUAUCAACAGCAAAAUGAAUCUCCUUCUCGGCAGCCCCCCAAAUCUCCCCAGGUGCUAUACUCCCCUGUGUCUCCGUUGUCUCCUCAUCGCAUGCUGGAGACAACAUUUGCAUCCCAGGAGAAACUCAACAAAGCCCAUGUUACACCCCAGCAGAAGGCCUUUACUGCUGAAUCACCCCAACGCCACCAGACCCUACCAAGACCCAUAAAAAGUGUGCAGCGCUCCAUGUCGGAUCCCAAGCCUCUCAGCCCCACUUCGGAGGACCCUGCCAAGAACAGGUUCUCACCUUAUCAUCAGCAAGCUGUGUCUAACACUCAGAUGGCCUCCCUGCAGCAGCAGCAGAACUCUCUGAUGAGGAAAGUAAAGAGGACUCUCCCCAGCCCCCCUCCAGAGGAGACUCCGCUCCCCAUUGUUACUCCAGCACAAAUGUACAGCUCUCCUGGCAUGCCGCAGAGGGUCCUCCCCAGACCUGCCCAGGGAGUCACCAAGGCUGGCCUGCUUAGUGAACUGAAAGCUGUGGAGCAAGAAUCAUCAAAGCUCCGUAAGCAGCAGGCCGAACUGGAAGAAGAAGAGAAAGAGAUUGAUGCCAAGCUACGUUACUUGGAGCUGGGCAUCACCCAGCGUAAGGAGACCAUGGUGAAGGAGAGGGAAAGGAGGGAGCUGGCUUACUUGAGAUGCAUGGGCGAUGCUCGGGACUACAUGUCAGAUAGUGAGCUCAAUAACCUCAGGAUGGCAGCUGCGACAGGAACCUUUGAUGCUAAUGGUCUGCUGACAAGGCCCAACACUGCACCACUGAGUCAAUUUACCAAUGACCUUAAUGCAACCUCCCAGUAUCCCUCAACCUCAUCCUAUAUGUCUUAUCCAUACCCCCAAAGUCAACCAUCAACACAGCAGCCGGGCCCUCCUUACCAACAGAUAGGUUUCCAACCUCCUCAGUACCCUUCAUCCUCUGCACCUCAGCCAGGAACAUUCCAACCCCAUCCACCACCAGGCCCUGGCUACCAGAAUCAGGGAACCUAUUCUUCCCGCAUGUAUGCUCAGUCCUCCUAUCAGACAGACAUUGGCAUGCAGCAGCAUAGUCACCAGGGUUUCCAUCCACCUAGUCAGCCUAUGCCAGGCCAGAGCCUUCCUUAUCCUAGCCACAGCUCCUACCAACCUAGUCUCUCCUACCAGCCCCAGGCAGAGAUCCUUACAGUCCAUCAAAGACCGCGGCAAACAUCCUUGGCUGACCUUGAGCAAAAACUCCCAACCAACUAUGAGGUCAUCAGCAACCCAGCAGUGUCAGUGGCCACAUCAGCUCCAGAUACCAACUUUGGCUCAGUCUACAGCAAUGCGUAUGGACAAUAUCGUCCCCCUGAGCCUGGUCUGACUCACGCUGUCGAGAGCCCCACAUCUGCUUAUGCUUCUGAUGGACUCUACACAUCUAACCUGGAGCAGAAUAUUCCACGGAAUUAUGUCAUGAUUGACGACAUCAGUGAGCUGACCAAAGACAGCACUAGCCAAUCCACUGAUGCUCUUGGCCAUCCUACAGGAGGACGGUAUCGCAGUGAGAAUGGCCCUGCACGUGGGAGUGCCUACGGUAGGCCUGAUGAUGAGUCUUUGGAUGCUUACAGCAGACCGUCAGGCACAACAGGUUACCAGAGUACAGUGGACAGUCGCAGUAGCACCACAGUGAGUGGUGGCUCUUCCUAUUACUAUGACGAUUACAAACACUCAUCACGAAGCAACUCCAGUAGCCACAAACUCACACCCAAGAAUCUUGCCCCUGCAGUCGUCUCCUCUAAACGUAGUAAGCACAGGAAGCAAGGAAUGGAGCAGAAGAUUUCUAAAUUCUCCCCUAUAGAGGAAGCGCGGGACGUGGAGUCUGAUCUUGCCUCUUACACAAUGACCACAUCAACAGGAGGUAGUUGUACAGUUGUGUCCCGAUCCAAGAAACAUCAGGAUGAUGUCACCUAUGGGAUGAAGAAAAAUGCAUAUGACCAGCAGAAAUAUUAUGGCAGCAGUCGUGAAGGUCUUGAGGAGGAGGACCGUAUGUACAGUUCUGGUAGGUCCAGGUCUACUGGAUAUGGUAUGGACAAAAUUUCAUCCAGAGACGCAACAGGCCACAGGAGUAAAUCCUACGAGAGGGAUGCAGUGGAGCGAUCUCAGAGAAGCAGCCGUAGUGGAAGGCCUCCCAUUCGCAACCAGAAUUCAGAGGAGGAGAGCCCACUCAGUCCUGUAGGGAAGCCAGUAGGCAUAGGAAGAGGCUCUGGCAUAUCAGACGCCCAUGAUGUGAGGAACCAGUAUGGCUCCAGCCAUUCUUUGCCAGAUGUACAGGACCAUCACAAGAAGGACCUACCCAGGAGUCAUGUCUAUAAGCCUGAUGACCCUUACCUCGUAGAUGACAUGCACUGUGCUGUUUCUGACAGUGAAGCCUAUCACUUGGGCCAAGAGGAGACUGAUUGGUUUGAGAAACCACGGGAGGCCCGAUCCGAUCGCUCAAGGCAUCAUGGAAGUGGAGGUCACUCGUCAACAGGUAGGCGUAGUAAACACACCUACCAUGAUUAUGACGAACCUCCAGAGGAAUACUGUCCCCAGGAUGAAUACAGCCAACAACGGCACCCCUCCUCCACAUCAUCACGGGACCACCGUCACCAUGGCAGCGCUUCUGGCAGGCACAGCUCUUCUCGCCACUCCUCAGAGGAUCCUAGGUCUUCUCGUUCUUCCAGGUCACACCCCAAAGACACAUCUUCCCGCUCUGACAGCAGAAGCUGCUCGUCUACACAAAGAAGGAGUGGUCCAGACCCCCGUUCUGCCCAGGCAAGUCCCCGGAACUCUGGCGACUUCUCUCGAGACUCAGCCUCUGGUCAUCACCACGGCACUGGAGGGCGGAGCCAGAGACCCCAAGGAGACCGCACAGCCUCCAGAAGGCAGGACCCCUCUGCAGCAGGGCCUAAACUGCAGCAACAGCAGCCCCCUCAGAGCCAUGCUGGGCAGCAGCGUUCAGGUGGUCAGGGCCAGUCUGGAAGACAUCCAGGCUCUGAAACACUUGAUGGUACCCAGCAGGCCCAGCAGCAGCACCAUCAGGGUGUGCAGCAACAACAGCAGCAGCAACCACUACAGCACAGCCAGACCCCUCAGAGUAGCCAGCCUAUAACAACAACUGCAGGAGCUGGACCAGCCCAGCAGCAGCCCAAAUCUGGACAAGCCCCACCACAGGGACGUCAGCCAGGAGUAGGGUCUGCAGCAGGGCAGCCAGCCACCGCAGCUGCAAAAAUGGAUGCUACACCUGCAACAGCAGCAGUGGGAAUGAAACCUACUACAGGAGUCCCAACAGCACCUCCACCUACCAAAAUAGCUACACCACCUCUAACAGGCAUCGGUUCCAAAGCUGCCCCUGUUGGGAUUGGAAGCAAACCUGGAGGAAUAGGCAGCGCUGCAGCAGGACAGGCACCCGCUGAGGGGGAAAAUGUACUCACCAAAAUCUUACAAGGAGGGGCAGCAGAGCAGGCGGGAAAACUGGGAGAUGCUUUGUCUGGCCUUGGAAAGAAGUUCACUUCAUUUUGGUGAACUAGAGAGAGGAGGGGAAUGCAGAGUUGAAAUGAGAUGGAUUGGUAGCUUUAUACUUGAAAAACCUAUGAAACAGCAUUAAAUAUAUUUCACAACACAGUGGAAAUAGAAGGAGUGAGAUCCUGAGUGCAUCAAGCUGGAAUCAAAAGAUGCCUUGUCAGCACUGAAUUCCCCAGACAUGGGCACACGAUUGAAGUGAGUUAAAUAAGGGUGAAUGAUUUGUCAGCAUGGUGUUACAAGACGUGAGUAGAGGACUGAGGAGGCCUUAUAGUAACUGAGUACCCUGACAGGACUACAGACUCAGAUUGACGAUUGUGAAGACGUAUGAUGCCUCAUUGGACCAACGGAGGACAAUAACGGUCAAUAAUGAGGAUGCAGUGAAGCAGAGGAGAAAGGGGGAAGGGAGACUCGAGUCCUGCUUCCCCUCCUCUCCUAGAAAAAAGCCUCCUGGGAUCUGUGUGACAGCCAAAGGCCUGCUAACUGAGGCACCUGGAUAUCAUGGGAGAAAUUCAGCAUGUGCAGUCGUGCAUGUUUCUUCUUUCUAACAGCUCGAUAAAGAAGGCCUCACAGCGCCCUCUACAGGGAUUUUAAUGGAUCUCCACUCAUGUGUGAGGACUGCACAUCUGGCAAGCAUAUUUGAUUCUACACUGAUGUCUUCAGAGUCUUUUCAUGCAAAAUGAAAAAAAUAGAAAAAAGAAAGAAGAAGACAGAUUUUCAUAGGUUUUCCUGGUACCAAAGAUACCGAUGAUCUCGUCCCACAGUAACACCGCAACAACCUGGAGCAGACGAGGUGUAUCACGGCAAUGACAAACCAAUCUGAUGACUCCACAACAAUCUCUGAAUGCUUGGUUUCUCUGAUCUCUCCAGUACAUUCCAAUUAAGGGAAUCUGACCCUUUCUUUGAAUGUGUUUUUAUUUCUCCUCGUUUUGGUUCAGUGUCUACAGAAUGCAUUGUGUAAACGUAGACAUGUGAAUGCACGCACAAAUAGUCGAAAAAACGAAAAAACAAGCCCACGUCAGUACUUUUUCACCACCUCUGAGAUGCCACUAGUCAUUAGCUGUAGGUUUUUAGAGAAUGGAUUCACUACCAGUGUGCCCACAAGUGUGAAACUCACACAAAUGAGAGGACCAAACGAAAGAGUGGCCACGGCUCUUUAUUAGCCAUCGCAAAGCCAUUGUUUUAGUCAGCCCGAGGACUGACUGUAAAAAGGGUGAAGUCAGUUCUUUAUCCUUUUUAUUGAUUUGUCUCAUCUUUUAGUUUCUUCUCAUUUUUGCCUGAUAUUCACUGAAUGGAAGAGCCUUAUUCAGUACAUGUUUUUACUUGUAUACCUCACAUGUUUUAAAACAUCCAUGUCGUCAUGCAUUUCUUUUUACACAACUGUAUAGUAUUGUAUGUACAUAAAACAAAUCAGAGAUCUAAUUAUGUAAACUUGUCAUUUGUGUAUUUAUGGAAUCACUUUUCAGUGACUUUCUUUUUUUGUUGUUUUGUGUUUUUCUUUGGUAAAACUAUAUUUUUCACUUUUUAUUUUUGGAAUCUCUUUUCUUGCAUCAAAUAAUUUGCUUGUUGAUUUUUAAAAGCAAUAGCAUGCAGAAAAUGGUAUAUAGCACAAUCGUAUAAAUGUUGUUUAAAUUAGUGACAGGAAAUAUCAAGCGCAUCUGUCGGUAAAUAGCCGUAAUACAAUUUGUCAGAGGGUUUACAACCACAGUACCAUGUCCAGGUGUGCAUGUUACGUGCAAAUACACAGGAGCAUGCAGACAGGUACGAACACAUUCACACAGACACUCCUUCUAUCACUCUCUCUCAGCAACAUAGACACACACACACACACACACACACACACAGUUUACACACUUGGCAUCAUAGUGACACGUCAGAGCCAAGGUUAAUUGUGUUUUCCACCAAACAGACCUGUUAACCUCCUGCUGAUUAAUGAGGUUACCGAUUCACCUACAAGAUGAUCUCACUAACAAGCUGGGCCCACUGCCUCUAUUUGUGCAAAGACACACACACACACACACACACAGGAACACACAUACACACACCCGUACAUGCAUACAGAUAUAGGAGAAGAUGAAAGCAAUUAUCAAUUCAAAUGUUCUAUGCAAUGACUCAUUUUGAACCUGGAAGUGAUUCAGCUUAAAACAGUUUAUUAUCAUAACUAUUCACAAGAAAACAAGAAAAUUAUGAACUAAAACACUAAAAAAAAAAAAAAGUCAUGAAAAUGUUUUUACUUAGCAACUUGUCUGUAUGAAUUUGAAUAUUGAACUAGAAUUGUUUUUAUUUUCGUGGCAUGUUUUGACCCCUCACUCCCCACAUGGGGGACUUGUUGCCAAAGGGUAAACUGUGUAGACUGUCAGUUUUGAAUGUCCACCAUCAUCUUGCUUUGAAGCAUGGGUUUGCUUGGCUUUGUCUGGCUGUUUGUAUGCCCUCAUUCAGUUUUUGUGCGUUUUGGCUGACCUGGGCUCCUCAGUGUUUGGCUUGCAGUGACUGUCCGUGCUGCUAUAAACCUGUGAUACAGAUGGUCAGCAACUCUCAUACUUGUCAAUGUACAUAUUGGGUGUCAGUAUAACCUGUGGGGUGAAUGGAAUGCUUCUAUCGGAUAUAUCAUCGUUGAUUAAACCACUCAGCAGCCAAGCCGUUGGAAAGGUGCAUGAUUAGAACUUAGAUUCUUGGAAGUUAUACCUGAAUUAAGAAAAAAAAGGUAAGGCAUGAUUUCACCAAGGUUUGCCAAAAGAACCUUGAUUUUCACAGGCCAACGUAAAGAGUAUUGAUGAAUAAAAUGUUCAGCCAGUCAUUCACAAAUCAGGGCAUGUCAUUUUGAAAGCACAAGCCUGACUGGUAGCAAUUGCUGCUCAAUGAAGUGCAGAAAUGUGGAGGUUGCGUAACGGUGCCUCCAACUGAGCAGUGUAAGAUCCGUAUCAAAACAGUAGAUGGAGACGCCAUCUGGUCAAUAUGAGGUGCAUGAGACAAAAACCUUCAGUGCAGCCGUCCGACUGACAGAAAGGCAGACACACAUUCUUACUGUAAAUACAAAGUCAUUCUUCUGUACAGCUUUUGAGUUUUGAGUACGGCUGUCAUGUGCAUCCCCAUGCCGUAUUUGCUGCCAACUUUUGUGUAUAAAAAGAAUAUUUAUUACCACAAUAAGGAUGAUGAUGAUGAAGCUAAUGAUGAUGAUUAUUCUAAUUAUUGCAUAAGCAUAGUGUAUGUGGCUGACUUGUAUUGACUGUUUACAACAGUGGAACAAAAGUUGUAUUCAGAAACAUAUCCAGUUUGUGUAUAGUUUCUAUACAUAUUGUGCUUGUAAAACAAGAAGAAAAAACCUCCACAGCAGUUGCAGAGUUGAACGCCUUUUUGUCCGACUAUGAGGAGGUCUUCAAGUUGAUGGAUGUGAUCUGCAAGGUGAUGGGAAGUAAAGGGAAGCAGCAGAAAAAAAAUAAAGCAAAAAAUCUGGAAACUGUCAUUCACUGUUGUAAGUGCAAUGGGCAAAACGUCAGUCGUGUAUCCAUUGUGAAACCUUGUGUUCUAUUCAGUGUAUUCCUGUAAACAGAUAGAGUAAAUUUUGGUGCAUCAUGUCAAGUAAUGUGAAAAUAUUGACCCUGCAAUUUCCAAAAGGAGAGAAGAAUAAAAAGAAAAGGAAUACAUUGUGGUUAUUGUCUUCAGUC